UCUCUUCACACCACACGUUGUAAAGGUUCGAAUAGCUUUGCAACACAUGGAAGAGCGCAAGGAAGAAGUCAAGGUCCAAGACUCACACGGGGUUUGAAGCCGCCGAACACCUUCGAAGAACCCAUCCAUUCGUCCGGUCUUAUAUAUCGCCUCAAUCUAUCUUACACGCCAAGGACUUCAUUCAUCCGAUCGACCUUCCACCUUCGAUCGCGAGCGUACUUUGAGGCCCAUCGGACAUGGCUGAGCGCCACCGAAUCCACCCGGCGGUGGACGUCGAAGCUCUGUUGCCCUCUUCGUCGCACGCUCCCAGUAAACCUCUGCAGACCCAGGCGGCCGAGAAGACCGACCAUCAGCCACCGCCGCCGCCGCCGCCGAAGAAGCGGAGGAGCUGCUGCUGCCGGUGCCUGUGCUGGACCGUCCUCACCGUCGUCAUCCUCGUCGUCAUCAUCGGCGCCAUCGUCGGCAUUCUGUACCUGGCCUUCGACCCGAAGCUCCCCAAGUACUCCGUCGACCGCCUCGCCAUCUCCAACUUCACCGUCGACGACAACAUGACCGUGAGCGCCACGUUCAACUUGACGGUCACCACCACGAACCCCAACAAGAAGAUCGGCAUCUACUACCGGGGCGGGAGCCACCUGAGCGCCUGGUACACCAACACCAGCCUUUGCUCCGGCACCUUCCCGGUGUUCUACCAGGGCCACAAAAACACCACGGUGCUCAACCUGCUGCUCAGCGGCGAGACGCAGCUGGGGAGCGGGCUGCUGCAGGAACUGCAGCAGCAGCAGCAGACGGGGACGAUACCGCUGGUGUUUCGGGGGAAUGUGCCGGUGAAGGUGAAGCUGGGGAGCUUGAAGCUGCCCAAGGUGACGUUCAAGGUCAAGUGCGACAUCAUCGUGAACAGUCUGAGCAGCAGCAACACCAUCAGCCUGAAAUCGAGCAGAUGCAAGUUUAGGUUGAAGCUUUGAUUCCUCUCAGUUGGAGUCAUCAUCUCUUUCUUUCCAUCGGCACUGUUGAUGUGGAGUCACCCAACGUUGCUUCGUUAUGCAUAAAGAUUGUAGUCUUUUUGGUUUACGAUAUACAUUUAAUUGUCGUCAAUUUCCAUCGAUUGUGUAAAUACAAAUCUUACCGAUAUUGAUCUUUGGUUACUUAUCUCAAAAA